AUGGCUGUUGCGAAUAUCGUUAAGACAUCACUUUGUCCCGUCGGACUCGACAAGAUGUUAGUGGAUGAUAUUGGGGAUGUAACCAUUACUUUUUUCUCUUGCUUUUGUUUGAAGGAAAGUCUCUUGGUUUCUCAUCCACAAUGCUGCAAAGCGACGGACGAUGGAUCAAGUACUUCUGCUGGCCGUGUAUUUCAAGCUCUUGGCGACCACUUGCUAAGAAUGAAAUUGUCAACUACUUAUGAAGGCGAGCGUGUCUGUAUUACAGCCUUGGAUCCAUCAAGCGGUUAUUUCUUUUGGACCAUAAAACAUACAUUUUCCGAUGCUUAUCUUGUGUCUGUCUAA